AGGACCAGCCGCCAGAGACCUCCUCUUCUCCUCGUCUCCGCCGCUAGGCAGAUCUCGUACCGCUUCUCCGGCGGCCGGCGCGGUUAGAUCAUCUUUAGUGUCAUCUCUUCCCUGGUUAUUUGUGCCAACUCAGGUAGCUGACAGUAGGAUGAGUCUGUCUACCGUAGCAAGACGACUAUGUUCUUCGAGAUCAUCAUCCACGAGUCGACUUUCAGUCGUUUCGGCACGUCUGUACAGCGCUGAGCCUGCGAAAGAUACAGGCGCUAAGAGAUACAAGUAUCCUGAAGUCUAUGAUCCAUAUGGUCCUAUGCCACCACCAUCAGAGAAAGUUGUGGGUCUUGCUGACCGCAUCGCUGCUCUCCCUCCUGAAGAGAUCAAACAGAUCGCUCCAGCUCUCCUUCUCAGACUGAACCAGCCAGCGCCACAGGCAAUUUCUGGCCAGGGUUUCAGUGUAGGUUCUCAAGGUGGUGCUGGGGCUGGUGCCGGUAAGUCUGAAGAGAAGAAGGCCGAGAAGACAGUAUUCGAUGUCAAGCUGGAGAAAUUUGAGGCUGCUGCGAAGAUCAAGAUUAUCAAGGAGAUCAGAACAUUUACGGAUUUGGGUCUGAAGGAAGCAAAGGAGCUGGUGGAGAAGGCCCCUGUCAUUCUGAAGCAGUCACUCACGAAGGAGGAAGCAGAGGCGAUCAUAGCGAAGAUAAAGACAGCAGGUGGUGUUGCUGUGAUGGAGUGAAUGAUCAAAGCCUGUACACAGCCAACCUUUUUAUUCUUCUGAUUUUGUUACCAUGGUCGGGCAUUUGAGGUCAGAGGAUCUCUGCACUGAUGGAGGAAAUGGUUCACCUGACAGGUAACCAGAGUGGGAUGUGAACUAGAUAUUUAGUUGCUAUGAUGGCGCCUUUAUUAUUUGUCCUAGAAUAAGCCUUUCUUUGUGCAUCACAUAUCUUUUCUGACGGGACACUGGCAUUGGGUGUAAGAAAUGUCGACACCAUUGUUAUGAAUGUGAUGCUGAUACCUUUUGUU